AGUCAGCCAAUGCAUCAGACUGCAGCUUGUCUGGCAUCCGCUCUUACUUUUCCCCUGCCUCAGAUCCUCACUUCUCUCUGCUGACUGAUACCUCGUCUUUCUCCCCUAUCUUCCUCCCUCUCACCCGCACCUCAUCCUUAAGCCACCAUGGCGAGCAGAUAACCGCCCGGCCGUCCUGACACCAUGGGUGCCUGCCUCUGCAAAGGUCACAAAGAGCUCCAUUAUCCCAUGACUGCACUGCAAGACCCGACUGAGGGGGGCCAGCCGUCCUCUGUCAAGGAUGGCCAGAAUCCGUCCAACGGCAGCGUGGCAGAUAAAACCAACGGCUAUGAUAUUGGCGAGCUGGCCACCUCCUCUUUAAUGGGUCUGGUGGCCACGAUAAAGGAGCAUAUCACCAAGCCGACGGCGAUGGCCCAGGGGCGAGUUGCUCACCUGAUUGAGUGGAAGGGAUGGGGCGGAGGCGGCGAGGCCGGGGCAGGUGGGGGCGGAUGGAGCGGGACCCGGGGUAAAGGUGGCGGCGGCUGGGGGGGGUUGGAGGCCGAGCUGCACGACGAUGAACAAUUCUACUCCCAAAUGACGGACGAGAUCAAGGAAGCUCGCUUCGCUGCAGGAGUAGCAGAGCAGUUUGCCCUGGCUGAGGCCUCCAUGAAUGUGUGGCCCAUGAACGACAGCUUAGAGCAGCCCUGCACCAGUUUACAAGCAGCACAAAACCACUUCUUGUCCCAGUUCCUGCUGGACGGUGGGAGUGUCAGUGUUCCUCAGCACCUGUACAGCAUCCACGCCCAGACUUAUGGCGACAACAGGGUGGUCAACCUGGUCCUUCCACCAAUGGUCGACUCCAUUUCCCCGACGUCCAUCACCCAGCAGGUCAGAGAUCGUCCCCUCGAGGACAGAAGCACUGCGACUGCAGAGGCUGCUGUCCGACACGUAGACAGCAGCUCGCUAUCCGAGGAUGACGUUUUUUAUAACUAGGCUUAACACGAAAGCAAAAGCCAGCGAUCUUGAUGGCAAUCUCUAAAAUGAUCCUCACUGAGGGGACUUGAGUCUCAGCCACCAGCAGUGACUGGUACAAAACAUAAAAACUGACAUUUGUGAUGGUAUCUCAAGAGGCAAUUCCUCAAAUGGCUCGUCCGGUUUCAGCGCCUGGUCUUCAGAUACAAAUACUCCAAAUAGUAUUUUCUCUCCUGCUGAGGCUUAUACAUUUGUGAAUGUGCAUAGUUCCACUGUCACAUUUUAAUUUUUUAUUCAGUGUACAAUAAACACUUUCAUAUUAUAGGUAGAACUGAACUGUGAAGAGUUGGUUGUAAAUAUCUUGUUAUUAAAUAUGAAUUUUAAAGGUGCUCUAUUUCGAUAUCCAGAGCAUUAAUAU